AUGGGCAAUACUUAUGAUUCGGGGGAUUUGUCUAAAUCCAUAAAAAUAGAUGAAGAGGGGUUUAAUGGUUUGGAAGAAGAAAGGGAUCCGCGGGAGGAUGUUGAUAUACCAUUACAAGGGCAGUCGGAUUCUCUCACCAGUAUAAGGAGUAAGGAUAAUGUACAUGUUCUUCCCACACCUUCAACAGCGAGUUUUUCACCUGACUUUAAAGUAAUGCCAAGUGAAGAGGUUGAACUACAUAUACCCAAGAGAAGGCAUUCUCAGAAAUGGCACCAACACUCAUCGUAUAUGAAGUUGAACAAUGAUAUAUGGAAUUUACCUUCGACUCUCGACAUAGGUUCACGGAGUAUACCCAAUCAGAGGGUCGCAUCGGAUUAUUGUACGGGCGCGCCUUCAUUUAAGAAUGAGGGGGUUCUUGGGAACCGUGUUGUUUCCUUGCCAGGCAUAGAGUCUGAUUUGUCUGCGGGGUCUCCAUCUACUGCCAAAACUCAAUUAAAGCCGCUGACUAUCUUCGAGGAGUCAAUUGGGCAGUUACCAGAAUCGGAUGAACAGCAACAAGAAAAACUACAACAACAGGUGCAGCAGCAUCGGCUUCAAUUACAACGGCUAAAAUUGAAGGAGCAGGAGGAGGAGCAGGAGGAAGAACAGGAGGAGGAACAGGAGACAGGGAUCCUAUCUCACCACCCUCAAGAAUCACAGAAACGAAGCUUCCCAGAGAGUACAUCAGAUGAGGAAGAUAAACAUUUGGUAGGCUACCUCAUGCCGGAGCUGCGCGAUACUCUGUUGUGGAGGAAAGUGAAACGUAUAGGGUCCGGUAAUUUUAGCGAUGUUUACAUGUAUGAACUAGUUGAUAAGCAAGAAUUUCAUAUUUUCGAUAAGGUUGCUGUGAAGUGCAUUAGGUAUCCCUCUGAUUUAUUGUUGUCGCAGUCUAGAUUGUCGCCCAAAGUUAACGAGACACUGUCACGUUUGGAAAGUUCCCUUACUCGUGAGCUUUCUGUAUUGAGAGAGCUCGAUCACCCUUGUAUCGUGAAGUUGUACGGCAUUAAUAAUCCCGAGUUCUUGAUCAGCAAGAGACCGUUAACAGGUCGUAAUGAAAACAAACCUUUCCCGUUAUGUAAAAUGAUCAUGUCAUACUGCGCCGGCGGAGACCUCCUGGACAUGGCGAAACAGAGGAGAUUUCCCGAUUGGCUGCUACAGAGAAUCUUUGCUGAAUUGGCGCAUUCUGUUCUCUAUUUGCAUACAAAUUUAAUUAUCCAUAGGGAUUUGAAGUUGGAGAAUGUCUUGAUAAAAUACCCACUAUCGUAUCUGCUCACAGCACGAAACGAGGUAGAACAUAGCAUCAUUGAAUUAGCUGAUUUUGGUCUCUGCAGAAGAAUCGAGCCAAAUGAAUUAUGCACAACUCGUUGUGGAUCAGAAGAUUACGUUUCCCCUGAAAUACUAAUGGGGCUACCUUAUGACGGCCGACUUUGUGAUACCUGGGCCUUGGGGGUGGUCCUUUAUGCAUUGUUGGAGGAUAGAUUGCCCUUUGACCCACUUCCCUCCCAGAUUCAACAUAAAACUCGACCAAGGUCUACCGCCCAUAGAAUUGCAAGAUACGAAUGGAGAUGGCUACUUCUGGCUGAGAAAGAACAUAACGCAAAAUCUAUUGUAAAUAACUGUCUUGUCAAUAGACAAAACCGUUGGAAUAUUCAUGAUAUCAUCAAAAGUGAUUAUGUUUCUUCAAUUGUCUCUAAGCUCAGUUUUCUACUGGACAUUAAAACAAUGCAGCACGCAUGA